GAUUGAUCGAGUAUCGACGUCUUAAUCGGAUAGGUGAGCAACGAGACUGAUGAUGGAAAGCUCCGAAGGGAGAGUAAAGAAGAGCGAGACGAUAAGCUCGAAAAGAGAAUGGAUUCGAAAUCCAAUAUUUACUGUUUUAUAAACCAGUGGCGGUUCUUCAGGGAUUAAUACCCCAGGGUUAACAUGCGGAAAAAGUUGAAUCCUUUGGAUAGCAUCUGCCACGUGCAAUCUACUCCACAAAUCGCAAAUUCCUCUCACCAAAAUUAUUUCACUGACAACAUUUCCAUUUCCCUUUUUGCUUUAAUAUCCAAUUUGUUAAACAAUUCAUUUAUUUUUGCAGGCGUUAUUCAUUGAAAAUGGAAUUGCAAUUUAAAAUUUUCAUUUUUUACGAUCGAAAUUAUUCCAUCGAUAACUUGAGAAUUCAAUAACACCAUCCGAUCCUUUCCCGAUCAAACCGAAUAACCAGAUCAAUCUAUAAAAAUUCCCAUCCAUAAAAAAGCAAUUCCCUACAAAUUCCCCCAACACAUCCACUCAAUCUUUAAGUAUCAGAGCCACUAAAAAUCCGAGCAUUAAAAAAGGGCAAUAAAUACGAAAAAGUAGUCACUCAAAUAUUUUCAAAAGACUCAAACAAAAAAAUCCGAACGAUUCGAAUUGAUUCUGGGAUUGCCCGUGAAUUAUCAAUCUGACAAAAAAUCUCAUCCCCAAGGACACCUCCCCAGUGACAAAAGACAAGUGUCAGGCAAGAAAUAAAAUCCUUAACGAGGAUCUAAAAAAACUAGUGAGGCGGGAUAUAUUGAGACGGCGCAAGGAUAGUGACAUCAGGAGGAAAAUAAAAGCUUCAUACCGGCACCGAGGCAGUCGUGUCCCUGCACUCGCGAUAACAGCAUCUCUCCAUCGAUCAACCAAUCAGUUGAUUAAAAAUAUUGAGUAGAGUAAUGGCCAGGAGCUCGACCAACGAGAGUGUCCAGAUCGAUGAUAACUACAUUAUCAAUGCAUUGAGUCACAUAAACGAUCUCAACGAUUCGCUCUUGAUGAAGGCGUUGGAGUGCUUCCAAGCUAAAGACUCUCAUGCUGAUGAGAGUAACUGUCAGGUCGACUGGGAUUCCCUCCUCUGCUGGCCAUCCUCAUCUCCUGGAACUCUCGUACAUCAGUCCUGCUUCCACCAGCUCCAUGGGGUGCAGUAUGAUACCUCACAGAAUGCGAGCAGAUGGUGUUGGCCUAAUGGCACUUGGGACAACUACACAAACUAUUCACAAUGCCAGGAGUUGAAGAUGAAUUUAAUCGAGUCUGGAGUCGAGAUAACAACGACACUGUACUUUAUUGGAUACACUCUGUCAUUGUCAACUCUUGUUGUUGCUGUAGCUAUUUUUUUGUACUUCGAGGAAUUGAAAUGCUUGAGGAAUACAAUACACACGAAUCUCAUGUUUACGUAUAUGCUCGCCGAUCUGGUGUGGAUGCUAAUGACAGUAAUGCAGGUCUCGAUGCAAAUGAAUGUACCCACGUGCGCUAUAUUCUUCUCACUCCUCCACUACUUCCACCUGACAAAUUUAUACUGGAUGUUCGUUGAGGGCCUCUAUCUCUACCUGCUCGUCGUAAAAACCUUCACCGGGGACAACAUUAAACUGAGAAUGUGCCUGGUUAUAGGAUGGGGUGUUCCUCUGGUGGUGGUGAUGCUGUGGGGAAUAGCUAAAUCUCUGGUGAUGAAUGGAGAUAACAGCACUCAGAACCUAGUGCUGAACAGACACUGCCCAUGGAUGGCCAGUCAUGUUUUGGACCUUAUCUACCAGGUACCUGCCAUUAUUGUCCUGGGGAUCAAUGUUAUUUUUCUCUUCAUGAUCAUGUGGGUGUUGAUCACGAAGCUGAGGUCAGCUAAUUCAGCGGAGACUCAGCAGUAUCGAAAGGCAACGAAAGCUCUCCUUGUCCUGAUACCAUUACUAGGUGUGACGUAUAUUCUGGUGCUGGCUGGACCCACGGAGGGGCCCAUGGCACAUGUUUUUGCAUAUGCACGAGCUAUAUUGUUAUCUUCACAGGGACUCUGGGUGGCACUAUUCUACUGUUUUCUCAACUCGGAAGUCCAGAAUACAGUACGUCAUCACUUUUCUCGCUGGAGUGCAGCUAGAAAUCUCGGUGUGGACCGCAAGUACAAGAAUUGGUCUCCCCGUUCUCGAACCGAGAGCAUGAGGAUCUGUCGGCCAGCAAACCCAUACCCCAAGAGGGAAUCGACUGUGAGUGAGACAACGACAAUGACACUCUUCAACUCGACAGCUAUUCUCAAUCGAUCGAGGGUCAUUUCCGAGACGGUUAAUGAGUAGAAAAGGAGUGAAAUGGUGGAGAAAACUCCAGUCGAACGAAUCGUUACUAAUAAUCUCAGGCAUAUUUUUUCACACCGAUUUUACAAUCAAAUUUUAGACACGAUUGUUCAAUUAAAUGGACUUAUGCCUAAACUUUCAUUAAUUAUCCUACCUCACACCUGAAUUUUGCUGAAGAGGUACAAUUAUUUACGUUUAUUUGACAAACGAUUUUUACGCGAUUAUUAUUCCCAUCAUUUCGAUGUCACAAAGGAACUGACCAAUUAACGGUAAUAAUUAUCACGAGCUAAAUGAAGUGCGGAAGCAAUUUAAAGUGUACGGAACCUCCCGAAUGCCUGUACCUGACGUUUAAAUGUUGAUAGAAUAAAUAGAGACUAUAAAUGAGGGAGGAAAAUUCUAUUAAGAAAU